AUGACAGCUACACCUAGAACAUAUUCCAGGCGCAAAACAACUGAGCAAAAACUUGAGCUAAUAUUCAAUACAAUCAUCAAUGAUGCUCACUGGUCUUUUGCCAAUCUUCUCUACCAUGCAUUCCGCAUGAAUACGGAGGAAGGCAUUAAAAUAUCCCGGUCAAAACAACAUGCCUCUAUUGUGAGCAGGUUCCUAGGUGGGCGUGAUUGCCACACACCUGCUACAAUUGUGAAACUAUGGUAUGACCACCCAGGUGGAUGUCCCACAAGUGACGAAGAAAGAAAGCUUAUGCACUCACCAACCAUCCCCUUUGUCAACAUGAAACCUGCACGCUCUGCUCUAUCAUCAUUUGCGGUGCAAAUGACAUGCAAAUACUUAAUCAAAGAACAAACCCGAGCACUGAAACCAGAAACUUCCAGUGGGCUUGCAAUGACCAAGGCAAAAGAGGAUGUUAGUUGGCGGAUAUUGGGCAAGUCCACCACAGCGGACAUCAAAAAAAAAUUGCAGACUUACCAGCCUGUAUUAUGGCACUAUCCUCACCACCUCGUUGCCUGCAUAAUGGCCAAGAAGUGGUCCGGAAAUAUAGGCCACCUGAACUUCUGUACCAACCGUGCCAGAAUCAUGGCAGUUGGCCGUGCAAUUCUCUAUUUUGCAUGUGGUGCACAACAAACCCUCUUUGACUACAAUUCACAAGUUGGUAAUACUAUGGCAUAUAGCUCAACACAACUCACCUUAAAAAAGCUCUCCAAAAAAAAAGCAAGAGAGAUCUGGGCACUUGGAACAGACCCCAAACACUGGCCUGUCUUGCGCCUAGACAAUGUACAAUGUUAUCAUAAGCAGCAGGAGCAAAGAAUGGGGUGGACAGACCAAAUAAUUGUGGGCACAGCAUCUAUGGCCAACAAUACAAUGCCUAUCCCAUCGGGCACCAAGUGGUUCCCUCCUGGUGAUGUUUUUCCAUCUGCUGAAACCCAGGCCACUACACGUCAGAGCAAGGCUAAGAAAACCAAGAAAAAAAGCCAGUGUCAGCCAAAAGACAAGGCUAAUGAAGCAGACCUUGAUGAAAGCACCCAAGAACAAUUUGAGGGUGACCACACACUCACAGAAUCAAUGCAUUUCAUGUCAGAUGCACUAGUGGCUCAUGAAUUUGCAUAUGCAGUUACAACUGGUGACAUUAGACGGGCCUAUGAGUGUUUCAAAAUGAUGCCAUACAAAAUAUGGGACAUACCUAUUGGAGAUGAUAUGUUUGUUGGAAUUUGA